CGAGAUCCAAUCCGCCGACAACGAUGCGCCUCGUCGUCGCCCACUAUAGGUAUUAGUCGCUGUUCUGCGGCUCUGCGCCCAUCUUUCUCUCUGGUCGGCGGUCGCGCACACACACAUCGCCAUCAGUAGAGUGUGCGCGUGCGAGGGCCUGAGCUGAGAGAGGUUAUAUCCAUGGGCGAACCAUCGUAGAUUCGUAGCUGCAGCAGCUAUUACUUCAGUCUACUACUCCGGAGUCCGGAGCCCUCUCUCUCUCUCUCUCUCUCUCUCCAGCACACGCAGCUGCUGCUGAGAGUCGUCCGGGAGACAUCACCGACUAGCUGACUACCCUCUGUGAGAAGAUACACAGCAAGAUUCGAAUGACCAUCAGGAGUCAAGUCAAACAGAAACGGCUGAAAGGGCAGCGGUGUUGUGAUGGUGGAGCAGCAGCGAGCCAUUACAGGUUCUCGCUUAUCGUUUCGGGUGGUGAAAGGAGCUAGCUAAGCAGUCCCUCAGGAAAAGAGAACCAGGUUCUUUCGGCAUGACUAACAACAAUGCCAACAGCAGCACAGGAGUCGCCGAAUUAUUUCACAUGCUCGAGUCUAACAAACUCAGUGAGGUCGAGGAAAUCAAAAAAGUUUUUCAUGAUCAUUUCUUAUCCACUAAGGAUAACUGGUUGGUAAAUGGAUUGUUUGAUUACUAUCUUUCCACUGACUCACUUAGAGCUGUUGAGGUUCUAGCAGGAGUGAGAGAGCCACAUGACAAGCAUCUGUUUGAUAGGUUGACAGAAACACUUACAGCCAAACCUGCUAACAAUGGGCAAAAAGUUCGGACACUCACCCUAUUGGGUCAUGUGGCUCGACGGCAACCCACCUGGCUGUUUAAAUUGGCUAGUCAUACACUCUUCAGACAGCUGCUUCAUUUACUCAAGGUGGAGGAAGACAUAGUGCUGCUAAUGAGUGCACUUUUGUUAUUGAUAACCCUGUUACCCAUGUUACCAACAGCACUGACACCUCAUCUCAAUGAGAUAUUUGAAGUAUUUUCUAGACUCGCAUCGUUCCAUUAUCACCGAUUCAUAUCCAUCUCAUCAGCUUAUUCCGUGUCCUUUUCAACAAUUUCAAUGUUGAACCAGCACGGCGGCUGUGACGCAGACCAACUCUACCUCCUCCAUGUACAGGUUGGACUGCAUCACCUAUUUUACAGACUCUACGCUAUGUAUCCGUGCAACUUCGUCUCUUUUCUAAAACAACAGUACCUUCAACGCGAUCAGCUGGCGAUUUUCAAAAAGAUUAUUAGUCCUAUGCUAGACUCCGUGCGUAUGCACCCGCUGCUCGUAACAAUGUCCAAAGAUUCAGAGAUCUCUUCGUCAAGGUGGAAAAAAAUGGAGCAUCAUGACGUCGUGGCAGAAUGUGGUCGCUUUUCAUUGCUGGAAAGGUCGAAUCGAGAUGAAGCGGGAGUGCCGAUUGCCAACAUGCGCUUCACGCCAAUAUCAGAUUAUUCGUGUCCGUACACGCCAAUAAGCAGCAACAGCGAGUUUCCGAUGGUAAUGGAAAAUACGGGACUUCCGAACGGCAGCCAGGACGGCAGUUUCUGGUCGCCGAGCAUGGUUGUAUCCCCUCAAAGUCCGCCACCGGCGAACUCACUUCAGGCAACGCCGCUGUCGCAGCACGAGGCAAAGUCGACGCCAACAACACCAGGUGCCGCGAGUCUCAACAUCAGCACCGGUUCGACUGCAGUCAGCAACCGCAGCAGGACAUCGCCACCCGAGGCAGCCGUUGAGGCUACACCCGAAACCACUCCCGUCAAGGAUGCACGUCAAAUGCCAGGAAGACAAUUACCCGUGGGUUCGGCAGCGGUGCGCGCACUCUCGGCCUUCGGCAACAACGGUCUCUUGAGUGGUGCGACCAGCAGCAGUCGACCUUCGACUCCGACGCCCGUCAAUCAUCUGGUCUCGACGCCCUCGGCCGCAGCAAGCAACAUCUCGGCUGCCCUCUUCUCUAGCCUCGCUGACUCUGGCAGCAGCAGCUCGAUCUUCGAUCGUAAGCUUAACAAGAUCGUGGCAGACAGGCAAAACGCGCAGCAAAGCACGAUGGCACUCAAACAGGAAGAACAAGUGGUCGUGACGAGCUCGACGACGACAAGCGUCAAAAGGAUGUCCACGCCGACGGCUACUCAGAUGAUGAUGGCGCAAGUGACGACCGAACAGGUCAAUGCUAUGCUGAACGGGAGGGUCGAGAUGCAGCAGCACCAGCUCGAGGACCAGGAAGUAUCGGACAUCGUGUCUGCGAGGAGAUCGACAUUGUUCGAGACGAAGGAUUGCUCGGAGAAGGAGAGACAGACAUUCAACGAUCUGUCUCGCAAAGUGCUGCUCAAGUUCUACUGCAAGAAUCCGACGCCCGUACCAUCCUCGAAGACUCGUCGCCGCGCAAAAUCAUGUCCUGAUAUGGAGUCGAUCAGUAGACCAGAGGACACGAGUGAACGUUCGACCCAAACUUGCGGCCUGCUGCCUUACGAGUGCUUCUUUUUGGACAUCCUGGACCAACGUGCCAGCAAUGAGGCUCAGGCCAAUGUUCCCGAGUCAGCCAGGCUUUCGCCCAGUGCCAUGCUCGAGAGAUACAUCGAGGUCUGUUCCAGAAAUACUGGUUAUGGGGAAACAAAGUGUAGAUCAAAGCAAAGCUGGCCAGGUGGAAGAAGAAGUACAAAGCCGGAUGAUGAAGAAAACAGUGCCGCUGCGUCACAGUUGCAGCAACAACAACAGCAAAGCGCUAACGACGAUGUCAGUAGUGAGUCAAGCAGUGCCGGCUGUUGGGGUGAAAUGGAUCGGGCAAAUCAGCAGAUCCAGCUGAUGCUGAUGCAACUGCAAUUCGAACGUCAGCGUAGGGAAGUACAUGCCGAAAGAAACAGAAGACUGCUUGGCAAGCUCCGGGAUUCUCGUGCCCUUGAGGAGCUUAACACCGCGAUGACGAAAAGCUUGAAAAUAUCAGAAAAUGAAAUCGAGGCACUCAAGAGCGAACUGAGCCGCAGCAAACUUGAACUUCGCACAGAGCUGAACAAGCAGAAGGAAGCAAUCCAUCAUUGGCAGACCAAGUGCAAUGAAGAACAACAGCGAAACGCAGCACUAAAUGAUCGUAUCGAAUCGCUAGAGGACGAGUUGAAAAGUGAAAAAAAGAAGGUGACGGACCACGAGUCUAAGACUCGCGCCGCCGAGGCUACCCUCUUCGAGGCAGCACAUCAGUUAAAAGAAGCACUACGGGCCGCCAACCAAAGCGAGGAACUUAAACGUGUACUAGAGGCUGUACAAAAGAGGUUCUUACUGCUAGGAGAGGCUCAAGCUAGAAUUCAAGAGAAAAUAAAUGCUCCCGUUCACAUGGCUAGACAAGAAGCUGCGCAAAUACAAAGGUCUUGGUCGGAGGAAGUUUCAAGUCUUCGCCGUCAACUUGAUUCACAAACGCUUCACUUGGAAUCUCUGAAGGCUCGCCUGGCCGAUCUCGAGCAUAAGGAUGCGCGCAAAGAGGUGCAACUGGUGGACCAGCAGCGUCUCCUCCAAGAAUCUAAAGAGAAACACUCAGCAGAGCUUGAAGCUGUCGAAUCCAAGUACAAGGCACAGAUGGAGAUAAAUCUACUACUGGAAGGUCGCAUCCUCGAGCUGCAUGGAAAGCUUGAGCAGGCGACAUUCGGUAUGUCGUCAUCGAGCGGCGCUGUGAAUCUAGCCUCCUCGGCCUCGCCAAAAGAGCGUUCGCCUCCCCUGUCAGCCAGUUUGGCCUCCUCGAGCGAGGGCAGCUUGGCCUUUAUUCAUUCGGCGAUGAACGACUGUUGCGACCCCGCGGGCGAGAUCGCCAACCUCCAGGCCAUCGUCGAGCCUGCAGCAGGUCCCUCGUCUAGCGCCGGCCAGGUCGUCAUAACUUCUACAGCCAAGACCAUCAUGGCUAAUUCAUCUGCAACUGCCGCUUCUCAGCGGUAGAAAGAGAAGAAUCAUUUUCUUAAUGUACAUUGAUAAUGAUGAUCAUGAUGAUACGUGGAGUCAGUUGGUGGAUCCCACGAUAAGAAUAAUGAAUUGUUGUAUGUAUGCAAAUACCACUAGAGGAGUGUUUUUUGUAGUUGCUGAUGCGAUAUCGACGAGAUGAUUUUUUGUGUAUAAAUUGCGAAAGACUGCGCGUCUUGAAGAGGAUGGUGAUAUUUCAGCGUGCGCGCGAGUCUCGACGAGAAAAGGAUGAUUUGUACGGAUAUAAAAAUCGCUUGCGUGUACACGAACUCAGACAUUCAUACUUGCACACAUUCAAUCACACUGACACAAAAACAUACAAAUACACAAAAACAUAUACAUAGACACAUCUUGCUUGAAACUCUGCGUUGAAUACGAAGAUAAAAUGUCUUUGAGACGAAUUCGCUCUGAAUAAAAGUAA